UUUUUUCGUAUCUAUCUGAUUUGCCAUUGAGUCGUUUAAAUUAUUUAUCAUUGAUUAUUAAUUAUUAAUAACUAUUUAAUUGAUUUAAAAUAGAGAGCGAAAUUAGUAGGAAUAAAAAACAUGAUGGGAACAUAACCUAUAUUUUUCAAUAUUGUAAAUAGUAGUAGGAAAGCACAUGGUAUUACACACCUUGCAAUAUAACUUUGUGUGGAUGAUGAAAAAUUCCAUUUUUAAAUUAUUUUUAUAUUAUUCUGUGUGUAAAAUAAUUACUUAUUCAGUUAUUUCUGUAAUAAUUAUUAUAAGUGACUGAAUACAAUAGAAUUUAAUUAAAAAAAUGGGAAAGAAAAGAUACAAUUGGAAAGCAAGGAAUAUUUCUGACAUGGAAAUAGAUAAUAAUGAAACGAAAAAGAUACCUUUAGAUAUCGAAUAUAGAAAAGAUAAUUACGAUAAUUGUAAUGCUUUGGUACUACCAAAUAAAAAAAGGAAUACUAAAAAUAAAGAAAAAAAGAUAUCAGUAACACGUAUAUUAUCUAAAAAGCGUAGAAAGCAAUUAGAAAAGAUAGUAGAAAAGAAACAAAAAAAAUUACAACGAUCAACAUUAUUAGAGGAAUUAGCUAAAGUACAAGCUCCACAGGAAGAAUUAAAGAAAUAUGUUUCUUUGACUGCAAUACAAACAAAAGGAUUGAAACGUCACUUUAGAGAUUUAAAUGUAUCUACUACAGAAACUUUAAUUAAUCCAACUGAUGAAUGUGAAAUAAGUAAUACAGAAUCUGGUUUAAAUGCGAUUAAAGGUGGAAAAAGAAAAAGACUGUCUAUACUUAAUAGUGAGAAACAGGAGUUUUCUAAAUCAGAUUUAAGUACGAUUGGAUUUGACGAUUCUAGUGAGAAUGAAUCUGAAUGUAGUAGUGGUGAAUGUGAGAAUGAAAAUGAUCUGGAAGAUAAACAACAGAAAAGUGAAAUUGAUAAUAUGAAUGAAAAAAAUUGUAUAAAAGAAGAAGUGGAAAGGAACAAAUCACAGAUAGAAAAUAUUAAUUUAGAAGAAAUCAAAUCUGUUGAAAAUGAACAUGAAAAGAUUUUACCAGAUGUGCAAUCAAAAGUAAAAGUAUCCCAAAAUACUAUAGCUACAAGUAAUACUAUUAAAACACCAGCAGUUUAUGUUGCAUUGAAUAGAAAAGCAGAAAUUCAAGCAGCCAGAUUAAAAUUACCAGUUGUAGCGGAUGAACAAGUUAUUGUAGAAACUAUUAAUGAAAAUUCAGUAGUGAUCAUUACUGGAGAAACAGGAAGUGGUAAAACAACACAAGUACCCCAAUUUUUAUAUGAAGCAGGUUAUGCAAGAAAUAAAUUAAUUGGUGUAACAGAACCUAGAAGAGUAGCAGCAAUGUCUAUGAGUAAACGAGUAGCAGAAGAAAUGAAUCUUACUGAAAAGGAAGUUUCUUAUCUUAUACGUUUUGAAGGAAAUGUUACACCAGAAACAAAAAUCAAAUUUAUGACAGAUGGAGUUUUAUUAAAGGAAAUACAAAGUGAUUUUCUAUUGACAAAGUAUUCUGUGAUAAUUUUGGAUGAAGCACACGAAAGAAGUGUUUAUACUGAUAUUUUAAUAGGAUUAUUAUCCCGUAUUGUACCACUGCGUCACAAAAGGAAAAAUCCACUUAAGCUUAUAAUUAUGUCAGCAACAUUAUGCAUUGAAGAAUUUGUUAAAAAUUCUAAAUUGUUUAAAGUGAAACCCCCAGUAAUUACAGUAGAGUCAAGACAAUUUCCUGUAACAAUACAUUUUAAUAGAAGAACCAGUGAGGAUUAUGUCAGUGAUGCUUUAAGAAAAGCAAUAAAAAUUCAUACACGUUUACCAGAAGGAGGCAUUCUUAUAUUUUUAACAGGUCAACAAGAAGUAAAUUCAGUUGUACGUAAGUUACGUAAAGCAUUUCCAUUUAAAAAAGAUAAAACUAAUUCAUUAGAAGCAAAAAUUGAAGAAAACAAAGAAACAAAUACAAGUGAUCAUGAUGAAGAAAAUUCUGAUGAUGAUUUCGAUGACAAAGAAGCAAUUAAACGAAAUAAACAACAACAUAAAAAACAAUUUUUUAAUUUACCACGUAUUGAUCUAGAUAAUUAUUCGGUAAUGCCUACGGAUGAUACGCAUGAAGAUUUUGUUGAUAUUGGAGGUGGAGAUGAGGAAGGCAAUUUAGAUGAAGAUGAGAGCGAAGAUGAAGAUGCUUUCCUUUUAAAAGGAUUAUCAAAUACACAACCACUAUGGGUUCUACCACUUUAUUCUCUACUACCUAGUUAUAAACAAGCAAGGGUCUUUGAACAACCUCCAGAAAAUUGUCGUUUAUGUGUAGUAUCAACGAACGUAGCAGAAACUUCUUUAACAAUACCAAAUAUCAAAUAUGUCAUCGAUUGCGGCCGAUGCAAAAUGAGAAUGUAUGAUAAAGUUACUGGUGUGAGUACAUAUCAUAUUUGUUAUAUAAGCAAAGCUGCUGCAAAUCAACGAGCAGGUAGAUCUGGCAGAACGGCAGCUGGUCAUUGUUAUAGAUUAUAUUCUUCUGCAGUUUUCAAUGAUCAAUUUGCACAAUUUAGUAUGUCUGAGAUUCAAAGAAAACCAAUUGAUGAUUUAGUUUUACAAAUGAAAGUUAUGAAUAUUAAUAAAGUUGUUAAUUUUCCAUUCCCAACUGCGCCAGAUCCUUUACAACUGAGAAUAGCCGAAACACGUCUUUUAACUCUAGGUGCACUAGAACAGUCUUCUCUUUACAAAGAAGAUGCAUUUAACGCAAAAGUGACUCCACUUGGACGGAGCAUCGCUGCAUUCCCAGUUGCUCCUCGAUAUGGCAAAAUGUUAGCAUUGUCGUAUCAACAUAAUCUAUUGCAAUAUACAAUUUGUAUGGUUGCAGCUCUUUCUGUUCAAGAAGUAUUAAUAGAAGUUCUUAAUAUGGAAGGUAAAUUAAAAAAUAAAUGGUUGCAAACGCGGCGUAUUUGGGCUGGAAUAGGGAAUAGUUUACUUCUUGGUGAUCCAAUGGUUUUGAUAAAAGCUAUUGGAGCUGCUGAAUAUGCAGCGUUUAGAGGAAAGCUUAUAUCUUUUUGUGAAGAAAAUGGUUUGCGUCAUAAAGCAGUUGUAGAAAUUAAAAAACUCAGACAACAACUGACUAACGAGAUAAACUUAAAUGUGCCGAACAUAAAUCUUAUUAUCGAUCCAAACAUGUCUCCACCUACGGAUAUACAAACAAAAUUAUUGCGUCAAAUACUUCUUGCUGGUAUGGCAGAUCAAGUCGCGCGGAAAGUACUUUCAGAUGAGGUUGAAGAUCAAGAUAAAACAAAAUGGAAACAUGCUUAUAAAACUGUAGAAAUGGAAGACCCUGUAUUUAUGCAUUCGUCGUGUGUUCUUCGGAAGACAAGUCCAGAAUGGGUUGUUUAUCAAGAGAUAUAUGAAACUAAUAAAUUAUAUAUGCGUGGUGUAACCGCAAUAGAACCAGAAUGGUUUCCGAAGUUCGCUCCAACCUUAUGUACAUUAAGCGAACCUCUGAUUGAACCUUCUCCAAGAUAUGAUCUUCAUUCUGGAAAAGUUUUGUGUCAUAUAACAGGCACAUUUGGUCGAGCUGGUUGGCAAUUACCAAUGAUAGAAAUAGAAUAUCCAAUGAACGUAGAAGGAGUAAAAUGGUUUGCACGGUUCUUUUUAGAAGGUGAAGUGUGUCCAAAAUUGAAAAGAUUUGUACCUAUUUUGUUAUCAACACCAGGCAGUGUAAACAAAUCAUGGGCUAAAUUAUUACCACGUACAGAAGCAAUAACAAAAACGUUAUUGUCAGAAGGAGUUAUGUCAAAAUGUAAAUUAAUAGAAGUUUGGGAUAAAGAUAAAACCUUUCUUUUAUCUGCUUAUCAAAAGUGGUUACCUGAAUCGACACAUUCGGAAAUAGUUUCAUUAUGGCCACCAAUAUAAUAAUUUAUAUUGUCCAUUUGUAAACUUGUAAAUUUGUAAACAUGUACGAAUAUGUACGAAUAUGUUAAUAACGAAAUAAUAUAAUUAGGUGCUGAUAAUUUUUUAAUUGGCAUUAUACAUUUGGUAACUUAAUAUUAUAAAUAAAUUUUCAUGAAAAUUAUAUGAAUACUAAAAAAUUUUGUACAGAUAAAUUAUGUGUGCAUUAUGUAUUUUAAUAUGUUCAUAACAAGCAAUUGAUUAUUGAUAAAUGCAUUUAAAGAAAAUUUAUAUGCAACAGAUUAACAAUAAAAAUGUAACAGCAAAUUUGAUUGUUAUAAAAACUUUUUAAAACAAUAAUGGAUAUAAUGGAAAUAUUUACAGAGCUUUAAAGUUUGUUUUGAAUUAAGCUUUGGUUUAUAAAGACUAUAUUGAAUGGUUUUCUACACAGUAGAAACCAUUUCCAAUAAAGUUCACUAUUUUCUUACACUAUUAAAUAUUUAAAUAGUAUUACUCAGCUUUUAUUGCUUUUUUUUCUUUUCUUUUAGUAUGACUCUUCUUACAUUCUCUAUAGACAUUGUUGAGAUCAAAUGCCGCUUUUACAUUAUCCUGUAAAAAUAAUAUUCCGCUUAUAAAAAGAUGAACAAAUUACAAUCAUAUAGAAGUAUGUAUUAUAUUACUAUAUUUUUAUAGAUAAAAAUUAAAAAUUAUUUAAAUUAAUGUAUACCAUAGAAAAAAGGAAUUUAACGAGUUUGCCCUUAUGAUCAGCAUGUGGUCUUCUUUCUAUUUCCUUUCCAUCUUUAAACAGUAUCACGGUAGGUAAUUGUUUACUGGUACUAGCAUCACUAAUGUGAUAUUUAACACCUGCAUCAGGAUAUCUUCCUAUAUCCACCUUACCAAAUUUUAAAUUGUCCAGACCAUACCUGUAUCAUAUAUUCUUAUUUUUAAUAUAUCAAUAUACAAAAACAUUUGUAUAUUCAAGGUAUACUCACUCUGCGGAGAGUUCAGAGAAAAUUGGGGCAAAGUUAACACAAGAGGGAUUCCACGCAGUAUAAAAUGCUACAACCCAAACUAUUUUAGUAUCGCGUGUUAACUCUUCUUCUAAUCCAUUUGCACCACGCAAAUAAAUAACAUUUUCUGGUCCUUGAUAUGUAGGUUCAGGCAGUAUUAAACCACAUACUAUAAAUGGAAAUACGUCUAAUGAUAUUUAUCAUAUAUUUUUUAAUUUUAUAAAAAAAAGAAAAAUUUCAUGUAUUUUUCCUCAAAUGCUUACGAAUAAAAAUAAUUGCAAACAAAAUUCCCAUCCGUAUAUCGGCAUAAAACCAUAAGACCAAAUUGGCUACCUUUGUGUAAACAAAACUGGAUGAUAAAUAAUUUAUCAUAGUUACGCUUCCAGUUUUUCUUGUCCUGAUCAUUAUUACUAUCAUGAGGAAAAAUAAGAUUUCUGUUUCUUUCUGAAAAUGUAAAAUAAAAAAAUUAUUUUAAUUUUAAUUUCUUUAUAAUUAACAGAAAAUAUAUAUUUCUCUAUAACAUACCCCAUCAAGUUCACACUCUGAUUGUGCGAAGAUAUAAUGACAAAUUAAAGGAAGUCUUUUAGCAACGAUAUAAGAAAUACUAAGAAUAAUAUUUAUUAAAUAAUAUGGACGUAAAAGUAACUUUAAAUCCUUUUUAAAAGACAUUGUAACGAUGGAGUAAUACGUAUGAAAUAACACUAAUACAAAUUUUAGGUUAAGUUUUCGAAAAAAAACAUUCGAUUACUAAUGACUUUGAAUUAAUGUAUUUUUUAAUUAUAGUCGAUAAUAAUGAUAAUACAUAAGUCUAUCUCUUGUUAAUUAAUUUCAACUUCACGAAUUAGGCACAUAUUUUUAUAAAUUAUCAUCACAACUUCUGUUAAAUGGACACAAAGUAUCCGAGAAUUAUCGAGAUUUUUGACCUAUUUGUUCAAUAUCGAUUGUAAAAUUAUCGACGAUGAUCUUCAAAUCUUUUGAGAAAACCUAAUAAAAAAAUUAUCAAUUAAAAGAAAAUAUUGAAACCAUUUUAGUUAUAACUUGGGAUUAUAAAGAUGCUACAGAGAAA